GCCGUUCAUAUUUUUCAGAUGACAUCUGCGGACAACGAUUGAUAGACCCACGUUGAAGGAAACAAAACUGCUAACUUCCGAAGCUGUGCAGGUACUAUCGGGAUAUUUAUACAAAGGUCUUUGAACUCCUUGCUACGCCUUAUACACCAUGAGGGCCUUAACAGUCCUUCUUUUGACAGCAUUGCUGGUUGCUAUGGUAACCGGACAGACCUCCUACCCACCAUAUCCAACAUCUUACUACCCGGACAACCCGUACCCGUACCCGGACUACCCGGAUCCGGAACCGCAACCGUUCCAGAAUCCAGGAGAGAUCAUUCCUGGCUCUGGGUUUAACAUCGAAUUCCUGAUCAACGCUGCUGGUGGUAUCUGGCAGCAGGAUCGGGUCAUUGAUUCAAUGGCAUAUGUUUGUAAGGAUGUCCUUCCGGUAGUCGGUUCGAUGAUACCGGAAGUGGACCCUACAAGUCUGUAUUGGGGUUUCGUCUGUGAUGAGGUCAUCGAAGCUUCUAAAGAUCUGGAUGCAUUUGAUGCAACGGGAUUCUGCAAUGACAUAAUAACUGUGAUCACUGACUUGAUAUCUCAGGAGAGUGGCGAAAGAUAUCGCAGACAAGCGGAAUAUAUGGAUGAUCCCCUGGGUAUCAUCGAGAUCCUGACCAACAUCACCAGAGACCUCUAUGGAAUCGACAUCAACAUGAUCAUCAAUGACCCAUCUACAAUCAACACCAUCUGCACCAACGUCAAGAAGAAUUUCUUGAGACCAUCUCUUGAAGAUCUCAUCUCUCAGUUCGCGACUGAACUGAUGAGUGCAUUUCUACCCCAGGCAGCUCCGAUAUGUGACAACUGGGAAGGUUUCCUCGAGGACUUAGAAUUGGACUCCACCUCUCCAGUGUACCAUAUCAUCGAGAAGGCUGCUAAUAUCGGAUCUCAAGCCGUGGGGUACGACGACUUUGACGCGCUAUGUGAGGCCAUCACCCAGGCCCUUGAAAAUGAUGACAUCGACGCGAGGAGAACAUUCUCCAGAAAUGUCAUCGAGAGUGUCAUCGACCUCCUGGAGAACGGAGAAAGAUGUACAGCUUUGGGCAAUUAUGCUAUCACCAGCCUCGGUGACAACAGCGCCCUCAACAGCGGCGGCAUCGAUUACUACCCGUCUUCCUAUUCUAUUGAUCAUCUACUCUAUCUUUACACCGGUUUCUAUACGGCCGAGGACAUUUGUUAUGCAUUGGAGGAAGCAUUUACUACCGAAGUGGAACUACCUACCCCUCGAGUCGAUUUCAUUCCAGGAACGAACCUCACUCUUAAGUUCUUCGUCAACGCUGCUGGGGGUUUGUGGCAACAGGACCGCCUCGUCGACACCCUCGACUAUGCUUGUACCGAUGCCCUCCCAGCAAUCACCGUAAUGGUACCUGUCGUGGGUUACUACCGUCACUACUACAACCCUAUCUGCCAGGAGAUUAGGGAAGCAGCAAGAGACCUUGAGGCUUUUGACUCGACCGGCUUUUGCGACCGCAUCAUGGAUAUGAUUAGCGACAUAUCUCCUGGUGACACUGAUGGUGGUAAUGGAACCUACGACAUCGCCGGAUCCAUACCAGAUCCCAUGGGCAUCAUCGGAACCCUGGUCAACAUCACCAGAGAACUCUACGGAAUCAACAUCAAUGACAUCUCCACGAUUUGUCCUAAUGUCCAUCAGUUCUUAGAUCAGCCUCUUCCUGGGAUUUUCUUAGAGUUUGGGACUAAGUUGAUGAGUUCGCUACUGCCACUAGCAGAGCAAGUCUGCGACUGGGACGCUUUCUUAGAAGGGUUUGGUGUUGAUUCAUCCUCGACAUAUUAUCAAAUUAUCGAAGAUGCUGCCAGUAUAGGAUCUCAGGCUGUGGGAUAUGAUAGUAGAGAGGCUCUUUGUCAAGAUCUGGUCCGCGCAAUUUCUGCUGAAGGAGACGAAGCAAGCAUGACAUUCUCCAGGAAUAUCAUUAUCAGAAUGUUCGAGCUACCGACAGAUGCAGAUCGUUGUUCAAUUCUGGUCAGCGAAACCCUUGAAGGUGUCCUAGAACCAGUACUCCAGAAUGUUCUUCCUAAUGGGCCUUCCGUUCAUAUUAGCGACUAUCUGAUUUCCCGUUACACCGGCUAUGAGAACGUCUAUGAAAUCUGUCAAGAUGUAGAGACAGCAUUCACGAGUGAGGUGCCACUUGUCCGUCCAACUUACGGGGAACUCUUCCCUGAUUCUGGUCUCACCGUAUCCCUUCUCAUCAACCUGGCUGGUAGUCUUUGGGAGCAGGACCGCGCCGUCGACUCUUACGCUUACGUUUGCACCGACAUCCUACCAAUCAUAGCAAGGACCAUCCCCGACUUCCGGGGGACAGAGAGAUACUGGAAGCCAAUCUGCAACUCCAUUGUCGAAGCAGCUGAUGACUCUAAUGGGUUCGACGCAACGGGAUUGUGCUAUGACCUUGAGCGCAGGUUCUCAUCACUUCUCGGUCCUGUCAUGACCGAAGAGACAUACCCAGAAGUGCCGCCUUAUAAUAUGUCAUCAGAAGGGAAUUGGUCGUAUACGUAUGAAACGAUGGUGUAUGUCAGUCCGUUUGUACAGCUCCUAAUGAACAUCUCUGAAAUCUACGGGAUCGAUAUCAACAACAUAAGCACUGUCUGCUCCAUAGCCAGUGACCUUCUAGAGCCUUCCCUGAGUGACCUCGUUCUGGACUUCGGCUCUCGGAUCCUCAGUUUCUUCCUCCCACAGGCCAGUCCGAUCUGUGAAGACGUCGAUGCUUUCCUGAGUAGUACCCUGACAUCAUUCGGAAUUGUUCCGUCCUCACCCUACUAUCAAGUCAUUCAAGAUGCUAUUGACAUCGCACCUCGCCUCGUAGGAUAUAAUAGUAUAGAUGCCAUCUGUCAACAAAUGAAUCAAGCACUUCAAAACGAAGACAUCGAUGACUCGGCGAGACUCGAUUUUACAAGGGGUCUCAUCUCAAAUCUACUGUCUCUCACGACCGCUGUGGGAAGAUGCGGAAGCAUAGCCGAUGACAUCAUCCAUGACGUCAUCGAACCUCUUAUCAACAUUGUCAAUCCUGGAGAGAGGUUUAACAUCACUGAUGAUUUGAUCCAUCAGUAUACAGGCUUCAUGGGAGUACAACCGAUAUGUAGGGCCUUGGCCUCCGCAUUCAGAGGAUGCCCGAAGCGCUUCGAUUUGGAUGCUUGUGGAGUAUGUGUGCCACGACUCGCAGGAAGCAUUGAGUAUCACUUCACGUCUGACGAGAGAGAUUGCACAGGCAGAUGCCCCCGAGAUGAUGACUACGGAGCUAUAUUAAAUGAGUGUGGACGAUGCGUAGCGGGGGCGACUGGACGACCCGUCGAUGCAGGCAUGAAUGAAUGUGGUUCAUGUGGGUACCUUGGUGGCCGUUCCUGUGUCGGCUGCGACGGAGUGAUAAACAGUGGCAACGUAUAUGAUGCGUGUAUGGUGUGUGGUGGGAACGGCACAUCAUGUACUGAUGUAUCUUCUAUCUAUCCUAAUGUCAUCCCAGCAGCAACACAACAUGAGAUCACUAUUUCUGGAGCAGGAUUCGACCCAGCUCCAGAUUGUCGAUUCAGGAACCAAGUGGGCACUCUGAACCGGCAGGUUACCAUGGCGACAUCCAGUGCAUCCGAAGGAACGUGCACCAUUACUCUUCCAGCAGCAGGCACAUACGACCUUUUACUAAUAUUUCCUGGUAACUCCGAGCCCAUCGCUACUUCGAUUACACUCGAAGUCUAUGACCCCGUUACCAUAGCGUCAGUAGCACCGGAAGAGAUUACCCUCGAUCCAACAUCACUUGCCACCUUCACCUUUACGGCUUCUGCCAACUCCAACUUCCAGGCCGUUGAGGGCAUAACACCAUACCUCAUUUUCGAGAAUGGUUUGGAACCUCUGGCUGGAGAGAUCAGUGGUGAUUCAAUGCAGGAGCUUACGUUUACCCUUCGAUCCCCACCCACGCCAAUGGAGUUGGUUGUCUCCCCGUCUCUCAAUGGAAUAGACCCGUUACCUGGCGGACCUUUCACGGUAACAUUCUUCGCACCAGCACCCGCGAUCGGCUCACUCACGUUUUUUCCUUCAAAAAACAGACUCCUACUUGACUUCGAGGAUGGAGUUCGAACCGACGACAUUGACGACUGCAGCACCGUAUUCCAAGAUACUCCUGAGGAGAAUGGCAUCGCUAGAAAUAUUCUAGGAACCGGAAGCAGUUGCAUGAUCAUCAGAGGCAAUCGCGUCAUUAUGAUCACUCUUGGAGAUGGGGAUGAUCUUAUUGGACCAGAUGAUACGCUUACACUGCGCGGUGAUGUUAUCUUCAGCCGACCCGACUUCUCCCGAGCGGUGCCCGAGACAGUCCUAGCCGUUGAGGUCGGGGAAAUCCCCACAGUUGAAGUGGUCUUGCGAGGCUUCUCAAAGAUCAGUAGCUGUGGAGAAGUACAGCUGUCGGCUCGAGGAACAAAAGGUGGCGCUGGUCGACCUUUGACCUUCACAUGGUCUGUCCAAUCAGAGGGUGGAGUUUCAAACGAUCUUGAAGCAGCAGUUACCGCAAUAACGACAGCAGACUUGACGGUAGAUGGGGCCCUCCUCACAGCUAAUCAAGUCUACACAUUCAUCACCGAGGCAGUGAACUUCUUAGGCGGCUCAGGCUCCGAUUCCAUAGUUGUGACGCGGUCAGCAGAGCAGGUUCCCGACCUGGGGAUCAAUCCGCGCGGCAUAGAACCGGAGAACGUACCUGUGUCCAAAAGGUUCUUCCUUGAUGCCGACGUGACCUUCUAUUCGGACUGUGACGGCGCUGGUCCAGAGGAGACAGAUUUCGUAUGGACAGCUAAUAGUGAAACCUUUGAUGAGAGCAUUCAUUCGGGGACUGCAAACUUCAGAACUCUAUUCAUAAAUGCCUACUCUUUCCCUGGCGAUUCUGACGUCACGUUCACUGUCCAAGCCAGACGGGUUGGUGCUACGUCAGGCCCUACCAGUGCCAUCACAAUACGUUUCGCAUCAUCUGAGCUUGUUGCUAGUAUACGAGGGGGCAGUGAAAAAAGCGUGGGAGUGGACAGUGGGAUGGUGAUUCUUGAUGGUUCACGGUCACGUGACCCUGAUCAACCAACCGGUUCAGACCAGUCAGACUCUAAUGAUUUGACGUACGAAUGGAGUUGCGAACAGACGACAGAUGACACAUAUUGUGCAAGCGCGCAAGACGGAUCCAUGUUCCCAGCUGACAAUGCUACAUCAUCAUCAACUUUGACCUUUGAUGCCGAUGACAUGACCCCCGGAAAGACUUACCAGUUCACUUUGGAUGUAGCAUCCGGAAACAGGAGGGCUUCGACAAGUGCGCUGAUAGACGCAGUGGCGGGAAACCCCCCGUUGAUACUAGUAUUCAGAUCGACAGAGGGACCUGUGCUAUCCACCGAACCAGUUUCAUUAACAGCACUGAUUGGUCAUGCUUCACCGGACGUCAUCGCAUGGACCAUCACCGGCCAUGAUAUAGAUCUUGACUACGAUCUUGACGGGAAUGCUGGAGAUUUUCCGAUUCCAUCUCAGACCCUUUCUUUCACUUCCAUAGAUGCAGGCAUCCUUCAGCCCGGUGAGAUGUACACGGUAGAUGUCACUGUGACGUAUGGGUCGGAUCAAACCGCUUAUGGCCAGUUAGUUCUGGAUGUAGCCGAGGGUAUAUCAUCGUGCCAAGUAUCCCUAGAGUCUGGAGAUGCAUACACCGUACUUGAUGAGAUCGCAUUUCUGGUUGACGACUGUGUGACCGAUGAGGGCGCCUAUCCGUUGACCUAUCAGCUAUUUGUUACGCGAAAUGACGCAGGCAAUACAAGGUCGUUGACCCGAUCAGGAGGGGAUUCUAGAAUCAGCGUCAGAGGUCCCCCUGUCAGACGUAAUGGCGACGGAGAGAAUACAUUUGUUAUUGAGGUGUGCAACCAGCACAGUAGUUGUACUUCAUACACAAUAACGGCUUCUGUACAGGACCGACAAUCAAUUGACUAUGAAGAGUUAAAGCAGGCCAUCGUCGACGGUGAGGCUUUUAAAGGUGACUUCAUCAGUGCUUUACGCAACAUCAAUGCUCUGAUCAGGGUUCUUUCGGACCAACAAACCGGACGGAAGAAAAGAGCAACUACCACCGGUCAACAAACAGCAGAUCAACUCAUGUUGUUACGAGAAGCUGUCGAUGGGACAGUCCUCGAUGUAAGCUCUGCAACCACCCUGCUGGAUGAAUGCCCUUCCAUUGAGGUCAAUGACCUAUCAGAGGAAGAUCUAGAAUCGUUCGUUAGCAUUCUCCAAACUCUCGUCUCGGUUUUCUUCUCUGAAAUGGAGGUCCUACCGCCAUCCACUUAUGAGGCUCUUGUUCCUAUCACCGCGGAGAUUGGAGAGGCUACCGAGGAUGAAGAUAUUCUCGACAUGCUCAGGGACCUAGUCAGGAGCCUGACCAGAGCUAGCCUGGUGCGUGAUACCGUUGGAGAUGUUGCCGUGGAGACGGUGUCUUCAGGAGUGACGUCAUCAGCCAUCGUCGCUCUCCCUCAAGGCGCUCAUCAGUCUCAUAGUGGAGCGGACGCCCUCACUGUUGACUUCGGGACUGAUGUUGCUGAAAGGUAUGGUGUCUGGGACUGUGAGUCCGGAUCCUGUGUAGGAGUUCUUGUCGAGUUCGAACAAUACGCUGACGAUUCGGAUCCAUAUUCUACAAACGAUGAGGAUCGAAAUGAUAGAGCAUCCGCGAUCUUGCAGAUUUCCCUCUUCGACCCUUCUUCCUUUUCAGAACUCGUCGUGGAUUCUCUGACCGACCCCAUAAGCAUCCACAUGGAAAUCACCCGACCAAAACAAUACCGUACCUACGAGUGUACCUUCUGGAACACCACAAGCAAAGAAUGGAGUACCUCAGGGGUGGAGACCGUGAUGACGUCAGGGACUGAGGUGGAAUGCCGAACUAAUCAUCUGUCAGCCUUUAGUGUCCUUGCUGGAGAAGAGAUUGCUUCUACCAGCGGCCCUUCUCCUACCAGCGGCUCUUCUCCUACCAGCGGCCCUUCUCCUACCAACGGCCCUUCCCCUGGAGAAAAAUCCAACAUCGCGAUCAUUGUCGGUUGUGUCGUUGGUGGCUUGGUCGCUGUCGUCAUCAUCAUCGUCAUCAUUCUCUUCUUAUCGAAGAAAAAGAAAGUAGGUUCCACGGAUAAGGAGAUGGGACUGCAGCUCCACACCGGAGGACCCAAAGAAAAUAAUGUCUAUGACUUCAACAUGGAUCAUCCGAUGUAAGGUGGAUAAAAGCAGAGGUUUUCAGGACCCCGACGAUCCUCAUUGGUUAACCCAUUGUCUAUACGGGAACCAGGGAAUCCCUGUGUUAAGUCUAUAGGACUGAGAAACUUAGAAUUCCACGGGUUAACAAGGAGAUUACUUUGCUUUCGGUGAAGAGUUUAAUUUGUCUUUCAACCUUGGUGUCUUGGAACCAUCAUAGCGAUGGUCUUAUAUUGAUAAGGCUUUAAAUAUAAAUAUGUUUUGUAAUCAGAAACUAGUACAAAUAUGUGUUCAUUUUUUACUGUGAAUGUUACCAUUGGCUUCCAUGUGGUACAGAUAAGACCGGGGUAAUAAUUGAUGUGUGCGCCUCGGAAUAGAUUUGUCUAUAUAGACGGCGCUAUAUAAAUGGCUUUUAUCAUUAUUACAGAGAAACUGUUCCAAUGUAACUGGUGUUUAAUUUGAUUGCGUAGAAAACCCUUCUCCGUGUGAAUUACACACAAACCAUCAAUUUUGGCUACGGCGUUUUGAUUCUACGGCUAUUUGUUAACUUGUGAAGUAAUAUCGUUAUCAAAAUUUAUUACGUUUGCAGCCAUAGUCAUACUUGAAGCAUUAAGAAAUUUGCGCAUAACGGAUCCCAUAGAAUCAGUUUAGAAUGUUCCGUUAGCGUCUUAUUUUUUCGUACCACAACGAGCCCAGAUUGAGCUCGCGAAAGAAUCCGUUACGUUCUGUACCAAUACAGUUGCAUAGAUUAUUUUACUAUUACGAUCUUUGAAAGACCUUAGUUACUUAUAAAUGGUAAAUUCAUGUUAUUAUUGUUGAAGUUAUUGUGAAUAUUGGCCAUUUAAAUUUAACAA